CGCACCCUUUCACACUACAUAAAACUGGCGCGCUUAUUGGUAGCUUUGAGUAAGUUUCUGACUUUUCCAAAAUUUGUUCGAUGAAUUGGUGUCAAGUUGCGCUCCGUUUCUAUAUAAAUAAUAUGUGUAAAGAAUAAACGUGUAAAUGCAUUUUUGGAAUAUCUUUGAACGUUUAUAUUCCCUGAGUUUUACAGUUUUCGUAAAAUGAAUCGCUCGAUAAACAAUGCUGUCAAGCCGGGAAGUAGUAACGUCAUAUGUACACCGCGGACUCCGCGAAUGCAACAACGACAGAGAUUCGAUUUAAGUACCAGGCCGGAAGAAAACGAAGAACUUGAUAUUUCAGGAUUACACGAUUUGACAGGUCAAACAUGGAAUGUUUAUGCCGUGUCUGCUCUGUUUGGUUUCCAAAAAGAUGAUGUCCAUCUCAAAUUAUAUUCCAAGAGGUUGAGAGAAGAAAUCGCAAGUAACUUGACUCGCGAAAACGUUACUUAUGACGCAAAGAUUUCUCUUGAGGCAAAUUGUGUUUACAAACCAAAUCACGAAAACCAUCCAGCCAUCAAGAUCGAGGUUCUCGCCACAACAAAUGACCAUGAAAGAGAUACAGAGAAAUUUAUUUAUAAAGGAUUUCUUUUAUCCUGGAGUGCAACACAGAGUGAGAUAAAUAUACAAAAUGUCGUGAGAUUGCCUCUCCUGUUGUGUUGCGGUACUCGUAGUUGUAUAGAUGCAGUGCACACUAUAUUCAGCCAGAUGUUUGACUGCUCAAUAAUUGCGCUGCCGGCUACAGAAGAGGACUUGAAAUGGCUUGUUCCUAUUAUUAUUAUGUCUACCAACAGAGACGAAGAGCCCGCAGUUUCUGGCGAACUUCAGAUGGAGUACACGGUACCAGAAUUACCAGUUACCAGUACCAUAACAGUUAAAUUUGAUAUCUCCGAUCUGAGGAAUAUAUUAUCAGCGAUUAUCAAGACUCAAGAGGACGUGGUUAAUAUAUUAUCUAUUGAUCGGGAACACGUCGAAAUGUUUCAUGAAAUUUUACACACACAGAUGCGAGAACUUGGAAGCUUGCAGUUAGGACUCUGCACGUUGCAAAGAAUCAACUUGCCAGGAUUGUCAAUAAUGAAUAACAAAAUGAAGGUGAUGAAUGCGGAAACUAUGGAUCGUAUAUUAAUAUAUUACAAUGAAAAGGCUUAUGAUACAUUUCACAUACUGCACAUCGAUAUGUGAAUGUUUGUUAUAAUAAUUGUUGCUUUAUAAUAUUAACUCGAUUCACAGCAAUUAUAUUAUUUGUAACAUUAAAAUACAUAAUUUAUAUAAUUUUACAUAGCGUCCCUAACAAAACACAAACUAUUAUUGUAUUAUACUGUUUGUAAAAAAAAAAAGACAACUACUAAAAUGUUCAUAUAUUAAAUAUACAAAGUGUACAAAUAUAGAGUGUAUUCUGUUUUAUUUUAUACAGUCAAAUAUCUAAGAAUCACACUUGGUUUUAGAAAAAAAUGUUUCGUACAAAAGUGAUACGAUUUCGAGGAAGACAUGGAAUAGCGUCGUUGCUUUGACUUUCGACAGUUUGUUUGAAGAUCGUGCGAGGAUCGCUUUUAAAAGACCUGAAGUUUACAGUAUCACAUUAACGUUACUCAUAAUAUACCGCGUAGAGAUUGCGCGGUCGAAUUUACACUUCUGGUUGUGCGUGCACGCACCGUAUCGUGGCAGAGAUUCUAUGCAAUUUUCUGCAGAAUACAGCGGCGAAUUGUAACGAGCGAGUUCGACUCCGUAUUGAGCGGAAUGGCAACAAUGUUGCUGCAAAAUACGUGGUUCAAAGUCAAAAGCUAUCGUGAAAGAAGCUGUAAAGUCCGUGAGUGCGAUUACUUCUACGCAGUGCACCUUAAAUAACAAUACCGUAUGUUGUAAAUCCCGAGCUUUGUAACUCGAAUAGUAUUUAAUGGAAAAAUAUUUCAUUUCAAUGUUUUGAGAAUCUUUCAAAGUAAGCUAUAAAAAUAUGAUAAAAUAAUAUAUGUGAUAUAUAUAUAUAUAUGUGAUAAAUAAUAUAUGUGAUAUAUAUGUGAUGAUAAACAAUUUAUCCAAAGUCAAAACAAUAACACCCUCUUAUUUCUCUCUCGAUGUCACAACACUUUUGUAUGAUUUUUUCCUAAAUUGUUAAUACUUUGUGAUUUUCAAAUGUUUAAUUUUAUAAAAUAAAAAGAAUUUGCGUGUCAAGUUGACCUCUUCCGGUUCAGAAAUAAAUAAUUGGUAUCGAAAAAAGAGGCGUUACUGAACAAGAUGUAUUGUGUUUUUUAAAAUUAAUUACAGACGUUUCGACUACGACUGUAAUUAAUUUUAAAAAACACAAUACAUCUGCAUUCUACCUGGCAACUUGUUCAGCAACGCCUCUUAUUUCGAUACCAAUUAUAAAAUAAAAUGAGACAUUAUGUGAUAGGACAAAUAGUGUAAUUGAAAAUAAUUUUACAUGAAAAAAAUAAGUCAAAAAUGUAAGAGUUUUGUGGAAAGAUGUAGUUUUCAGAAAAAUCAAUUUUCAAAAAUUAAAAAAUUAACGCAUUUA